AGCACGAGCAGCACCGCGGUUUCGCGUCAGGCGCGAUUCUGUGUCUAGGGAUUGAAGCAAUGUCGACUCAAGUCGUCAUUCCAUCGUGUUUUCAAUUAUAACUGCGUCACAGAGAUGUAGAUCAGUGGAUCGGCGGCGUUUUUGCCUCGUCUUCUGCCUGACCCCGUUGUAAACAAUCUCUAUCGGGACUCUCUCCGAAUGUUCCGGGGUCGAUUAUCGCCGCCGACAGCCACGAACAUCCUGAUCCCGAUGUGACAACGAGACUACGGAUAUCGCGGUCGGUGGACAGAUAAGGGCAUUUUCAAACUGUUCCGCGACGACAAACGACGGGACGACGCGAUAAAAAUCAAACUUGAUAAUGAACUGAUAAGCCCGCACGCUGGGUAGGAGCUGUCGAUAAUCGCGCAGGGAUACCUUCGAAGCGAGACUUUUAAAACCCACCAAGAUUGAUCCUCCGGUUAGUCAUAUUUUGGACACGUCGUGAGAACUUGACACGUUGAGUUCCCCCUGCGUUUCUCCGAGUUUUUCAGCAAGGACGUGCGGAAGACGCGCUGUAUUCUCAGCGAUCGUUCGACCGUGUGCUCGACAGGUCUCUCCUCGUCGGUGACAUGGAGCUCUCGACGAGCAAUAGCGGCGAAGUCAAGAAGGAAGAUAACAAUGACAACGUGUUCGUCGACGAACAAGCGUCACCCGUCCCCAAGCGGAGGUCCAAUUCGGUGAUAGAUUGUAUCGGCAGCGGCAGCAUCAGCGUCGGAGGUGGUGAAUCCUUGUCUCCCGGAAGCGGUGCCCCUUCAUGUCCCAAAUCUUCAUUCGCUUCAGAUACGUCGCUACUCGAAACCCGAUUCAUCACUUCAGAUUCUGCGACGUCUCCUUUCCAGUACGAUCCGAUCAAGAGAGUAGCCGACAAAGUCGACGCUCACGUAAAGAUUUUCGAUGAUGCGGAGAAUAACAGUGAAUCUGCGACCAUUACGGCGUUCAUGUCAGUGGCUAAAGACGCAGAUCGCUACAAUAUGGAUCACAAAAAUCGUGGCAAGUGCGUGAUCUUCAAUCACGAGGAAUUCGAGAUGACCGGCUUUGACAAGCGGGAAGGCUCAACGAUAGACGCGAUGAAAUUGCAGAAGAGCUUCGGUAAUCUCGGAUUCGACGUGAAGGUCUACGAUAAUCUCACCUACAAAGAAGUGUUCGACGUGUUAGAGGAGCUUGGCAGUAAAACGGAUCACACGGACAACGAUUGUAUCUGCAUUAUCGUGUUGACUCAUGGGUUGCAAAACGACUUGAUAUCAGCAAAGGACGCUGCCUACAAAACUGAUAAGCUCUGGAAGCCGUUCACAGCUGAUAAUUGUCCGACGCUGGCGGGCAAGCCCAAGCUGUUUUUUAUCCAGGCUUGCAGGGGCGAGGAGAUCGAUAAUGGUGUCGUGCUUUCCCCGCGCAGUUCGGUGUCGUCAACUGAUAGCGUGUCAUCGUACAAGAUACCGACUCACGCCGAUAUCCUAAUAGCUCACAGCUCAGCUCAAGGUUUCUACACCUGGAGGAAUCCUAUAGACGGCACGUGGUACAUCAGUUGCUUGUGUGAGAUCUUAGACAAGUACGGUACCAAGCUGGAUUUGUUGAACAUGCUAACGAUAACUGCUCGAAAAGUCGCUACGGAUUACGCCUCCUACGAUCCCAAGGACCCAACCAGGCACGAGAAGAAACAGGCACCGUCGGUCACGUCAUUGCUGCUUAGAGCUGUUUACUUCUCACCGAAGACGAACGUGUAAAUGCCGUAAAGUCAUCGGAGGUAUUGAAUUGAAUAAUUUCACAAUUGGCUCGCGCGUCGUUACCUCGUCGAUCAAGUAUCAAGCAAAUUCUCGCCCGAUAUGACGGUUACCUAUAUUCGAGCUUCGCGUCGAAUAGUUAGAAAUUCUUUAGAAAUAAAUGGGCCAAAGAAGAAGCGCGCGAGUCGAUCAAUCGAUCUUAAUCGAUUGUAUUUAUUGAGAGGAUGCGUGAAAACGCAUGAAGAUGAGUCGGAGACCUGAGAAUAAUUUUCGAAGAAUUUUUCUACAUGGAAAAUAUGUGAUUGAAAUAUGGUUCAUUUGUUUCAAACAUUGGAGAGUCAUUCCAAUAACGUCGCGCUGUUUGUCCCUGUUUGUAAGUGGGAAUUACGCGUGUAUCGUUAUAAAUAUUUACGUAUUCAGUUUAUUUGCACAUGUUACAUAAAUGUUACAUAUAUAUUUCGGAAAGAGGCCUUGGCGUCACCGUACCGCCAUACUUCGUAUGUACGAGUACGCUUCUACCUCUAUCCUAUAAAUUAUUUUUUCAUACAAUAAUGUUUUUAUUUUAGAUACGAAUUUUUAAUUAAUGUAUAUAUUUACGUAUAUUCUUAAAUACACACGCAAAUCUUGUGAUACGUAUUAUAUAACGAAUUUUACAUUAUGAUAACUGAUCCUCUCUGAAUUUUUCUACUUCACGGAAGACCGUCGAAUAUAUAUAGAUGAUACUCAGUCUAUUUGUAAACGCACGCGUUGAUUUCCUGUGCGUGCUUUAUGAAAGAUCUUUUGUGUCUUCUCGCACGAGGAGAUGGACUGACUGUGCGUGAGCGAAUUUUUUUAAUGCGAUUGAUCGAUCCUUCUUUUGACGUAAUCAUUGUAAUCUUUACGACGCUGCUGUUUGUAUAUAACUAAUCUCAUUUGUCGUUAUCGCUCGAAGUUACAUAAAUGGUAUUUUUUUUUCUUUUUCCAAGAAACGUGUGUUUCACUAAGUCUCGCUUGAUUUCCUCCCGCCGAAUAUUCAUUCACCUGUAUAUUUAGACAUUGCGCAAAUGUUGCGAAUAUCCUACUAAACUAAGUAUCAGGAUGGAUAGUGAUACUUGUUCGUGCAUUACGAAGUAGGUUCUAGGAUAAGGAUUGAGAGAGAGGGGGUAUCGUUCGUUUUCUCUUUGUCACGGAGAUCUCUCAAUUUUUAUUCUGCUCAAUUCAUCGCUCUUCCUUCUUCUCCUCCUCUUCCACGUGCUCGUCUGUCCAUUCUAAUCUAUUGUGAUAGCCACUCGACCCUUUCCGACGAGAUGUAUUUUUUUCUUGUUGUCUGUCCUUUCCUCGCGCCAGACUUAAUACUUUCCACGGUAUCCUAUCGGGCCGUUAAACCGCAUUCGACGCCCUCCGACAUUUAAUUAAGCAUCGACCGCCUACGGUCGAAAACGAUACAGCUUGUUGAGAGCACAAAACGACGCCGUGCGCUCCCUUCGUUCUUCGAUCGCGCGCCACCACAUGGUCGUUAAUGACGCGAUUUCGCCGUUAACGCGAAACCGCUACCUACUGCUUAAUUGCCCCUCCUUCAUUCCUCCGGCCUUCUCUCUCGUCUUCUAUUUUUCUGACGCGAAGAAAUGCGCAAAUUGGGAGAAAUUAUUAGUCGAGCGGUACGCAAAGCUAUGGAGUUUCCGAGUUUUCUCGCCGUGAUGAAUUAAUUUAAACUUGCCAGUAGGAUAUAGGGAGGGGAAAAAAGUCGUCAGGUGGAUGUCACUGCUGCAGGAAUCCUUCUGUUUUUAUUUACAUCCAAGUUUGUACUUAAUCUCCAUAUUCUUCCCAGUUCUCGAAAAAUUUAGACAUUACUGCAUUAAUAGAAUGUUUUUUUUCCGUGUGUAAUUAUAAUAGUAACGAGACCAAAUGAUGAAAAGUCAGCGGUAAGUGAAAAUUGCAGCGAGUAAAAAUGACGACGAUGAGGCCUCGAGAUCGGUGACUAUGUCAUUGAACACGGAGGCGUAAAGGGAACUGUGUUGGCGUUCGCACAGAGCCGCGUCGAUCGCACCCUUCGCGGAGAACGAGUCAACCCCGUCA